GCUUGCACGCUGUCUGAUUCAGUGAUUGACAUUCCGUUAGUUUUCAGCAGCUCGGAAUGGCCGGCCUUGAGGCUUGACCUGGCUAGCUGGCCUGCUUCUAAACAUUGUAGUUCCUGAUGUUGUGGGCUGAGAAUCAGCAACUGCUGUUGCUUAGGCAGAAAUUAGAUUGCUUCUUGUUGAAGUAACAUUAGUUCGCCCUUACAUGUACAACUAUUAGUAUUACUUAUUUCUGCCUCGGCAUUGGUCAUUUGGAGUGUGUAGCGUGGAAGUGAAUCUGCGACAAAACGGCUACAAAGUAGUCAGUGAUCUCGUAAAGUAUUGGAUCCGAGACUGCUACUGGGCCCUGGGGUCAGUGGGGAAGACGAGAUCGGGACCAGCAAGAAUAGCCAAGCUCUGGCGCUCUGCACUGUAACAUCGACUACCGAACUCACCGCAGCGCGCUGCACAACGCACCCAGCUUAGGGUGGCCAUAUCUGGCUGAUCACGAGUGCAACAUUUUUUUCCAAAGCCAAGGCAAAGACGUAAACGUUGUUGCAUUUUGUUGAAAAUUAUUUGGAUGUUGAGAAUCUAGAAGCUGCGUAUGCGUAUGCGUUUGAAUCAAACGUUGACUGAAUACGGGCAACAGACCGGUUUCUUUCUUUGUUGCUUCAAGUGCAGUGCUGUUUGCGUGAGUAGGCCACUGCUCUAAUACUUUGACGUGGUCUUGGACUUGGUCACAGUUCGUCAAAUCAAUGCGGAGGAUCAGAAGCUAGCUGUGCUGUCAGUGCUUGGCUAGUAAUCAGUACUUACACGUGUAUUUCGCCCCCUCUGAUGGAGGCUGUCACAAUGGAAAUUCUGUUAGUGAUAUCUCAAACUGCAUUAGAGCAGCCAUGUCUUUGCCGUAUGUAGUAUAGCGGUGUGGAGUUCAAGUUGAAACGACAGUCGACAGCAGCAUAUUCUAUUGUCCUCGCCAUCUGGACUGGAUAGUGUUUGUUUUGAGUAUCUCAUCGUAAUAAUAUAUAUUUUUGGAAAUGGAAGUGAACACUCAACCCGACAGUGGUUCCCUUCUGCCACCGACCAGCCUUCUACCUGGAUACAGUUGUCUUUUCAAUGCCUUCAAAAGCACACUGGCAGGAGCUGCUGGAGGGGCUGCAUGCGUGUUAGCUGGGCAGCCAUUUGACACUGUCAAGGUGAAGAUGCAGACAUUCCCAGAGGUUCAUGCUGGAGUUGUGCAGUGCUUGACAAAGACUGUUCGCAUGGAAGGCUUUCGCGCGCUGUAUGCCGGCUCAACGUCGUCAUUUGUUUCGAACAUCGGAGAGAAUGCCGUACUGUUCCUGCUGUAUGGGCAGAGCCGCGAAUUCAUCCGCUCCAUGUCCGGCACACAGAGCUGUGAAGACCUGUCCGUGAUGCAGAACGCAUGUGCGGGCGCUCUAUCAGCCGCUUUCUCAGCACUGGUGGUGAGCCCGCUGGAGCUGAUCAAAUGCAGACAGCAAGCACAGCACGAGCUCGCCCUUGGCAAGCGGCACAGCACUAUGGCAAGUAUCAUAGGAAAGCUGGUCAAGGAGGAAGGCAUCACCGGCUUGUAUCGGGGCUUGACAAGCACGUGGGUUCGUGAGAUCCCAGGCUACUUCUUCUUCUUUGGCGGAUACGAGAUGACGCGCCGUUUUCUGAGCACGAACCGAGAUGAUAAGCAUCCACUGGUCGUAGUUCUGGCCGGGGGCUGUGGCGGAGCCUGCUUCUGGAUUGGCACUUUCCCAGCUGACGUUGUCAAAAGUCGACAGCAGGUGGAUGCCAGCGGUGUUCGCUCUGUGUCCUUCCUUACCGGCUUCAGGACUAUUCUGAGAAAUGAAGGAGUCAGUGCUCUGUACAGGGGACUGAUGCCGACAGUAAUUCGGUCUUUCCCUGCCAAUGGAGCCCUAUUCUUAGCCUAUGAGCUAACCAUGAAGUACAUGUCCUAAUUACAGUGUGGAGAUCUCCCGUCUGACCCAACCAAGGCUUAGCACAGAAAGAGAAGCGGCCUGUAAUACAUCAAGAUGCUUCUUAUUGCCUCUCUCUCUCUCUCUCUCUCUCUCUCUCUCUUUUUCUUUCUCUCUCUCUCUCUCUCUCUCUCUCUCUCUCUCUCUCUCUCUCUUUCUCUUUCUCUUUCUCUCUCUCUCUCUCUCUCUCUCUCUCUCUCUCUCUCUCUCUCUCUCUCUCUCUCUCUCUCUCUCUCCCUCCCUCUCUCUUUCUCUCUCUCUCUCUCUCUCUCUCUCUCUCUCUCUCUCUCUCUCUCUCUCUCUUUAUCUGUCUCUCCCGCUUAGGUUUUAGUUCCCUGCAGGCGCCCGUUUUUUUUUCAUAGAUUGCUACUCUAACCUUUUGUAGAACCAUAUGCACACAACUAGUACUUGAGCAAUAGGCAGCUCUCUCUCUCUCUCUCUCUCUCUCUCUCUCUCUCUCUCUCUCUCUCUCUCUCUCUCUCUCUCUCUCUCUCUCUCUCUCUAUCUCUCUCUAUCUAUCUAUCUCUCUAUCUCUUUUAUUUUACCCUAGGAAUUUAUCCCUGAAAAAGAUCGUCUCGUUUUCAAUAUUAUUUAUUUUAUUUUUUCUACCGACUAUGAGUUAGAUGUGUUGUUUGCUAUGUUUUGGAAUGGAACUUCACUUGCUUGUGUCAUAUGCUCAUAUCCCUCUCUCCCAUAUGUAUGACUCUCCUUGUACAGCAGCACUUCUCUUUGAAGUGUUUUAUUGCGGUGCAAUGUGACAUGUACAUACAAGCUGACACUGCUGAACGUAUUUCUGCUGCUGCUGCUGCUGUUGUAUAUAAAGCUGCACUGCUAGAACGCACUGGCCCAUCGUGUACAUGCGGUGCUGUACAGGCUCAUUCUUUUCACAGCCUUGAGAAGAAGACGCGCCGCUACAACUGUUCUAGUGAAUCAUUCAUGAUAUUUAUGAUCAUUGUUUUCUGUACAUCGUACCUACACCUCUGGCGGCCAGAGUUGCGGCUAAAUCUGACCUGUUGCUCGCCACGCCAUCUAUUGAAAGUCUUCUGUCAAUAAUGUGAAGAUGUGCUUCUGGUA